AUGAAGAAAGGCUUUCUAAUAGCAGUGACUUUAUUAAUUUUUGUUAAUGGAAUUUAACAAAGUAAUGGAAUAGUGGAUCUUUAAAAUUUAAAAGCACAUCAACUAUUUACAAAAGUAAACAAAAAUGUUACAUAAUAAGAAUGUGUAAUUUGAUUAAGAAUUUGAUGAAAUUCCAAAAGUGAUCGUAUCUUUAAAAUAAAUAAUUGGAGAACAAUAUGAACUAUAUAGUAGAACUAGCAAUAUCAAUUUGAAAGGUAUAUCUACAAUGUUUUACUUAGAUAAGGAUUUGAUUUAUAGAUAAUCAGCUCAUCUAAUAUUGAUAAUAUCAAAAUAAAUUAUUUAGCAAUAAAUGAUGACUAAUUGAAUGUUGUUUGUGAAAACUAUUAAACCAAAAAAGAUGAAAUAAAAGUUCCUGUUAAUGUAGAACAUUCAUAAGUAGCAGCAUUUAUUACAGGAUUGAAAUUAUAAAAAAAUGAAAAUGUUAACUUCAAAUUAAGUUCUGUAACUAACUAAUAAGUUGUUUUUCAGACUAAAUAAAAAGCUAUGGGUCUUUGCUUAAUUUUUGGUGAUGAAGAUAAAAUUGCUAAAACUUAAUCAAUUAUAACAACUCAUUAAAAUGGAAAUAAAUUAGAGUUUGAUGUUGAGAAUAUUGAAGAUUCAAUUAAAUUGUAACAUUAAUUCAUUAUUAUUAGACCUUUAGAAAAUUAAAUUUUAUCUUUUGAUGACAUUGUAAGCAAAUUAUCAAUUGAGAAUAAGGAAAAGGAAUAACAAACAUAAAUAUAAAAUGAGGAAGAAAAAUAUCUCGAUAUUGAUAGUAUCUAAAUAGAAACAUUGGGAAUUAAUACUAUUUAAUAGAAUAUUGAAGGUGAAGUUAUAUAAUCUGUUGAGAUAGAAUUUUUGAAACCUUAGAAAAUUGUAGAAGAUGAGAAAUUAUUGAAAAUAGAAGAAAAACAUAUUGAAAGAGUUCAAUAAAUAAUAACUGAAUCAGUAGAUGAAUAAAUUUAAUUAUAAUAACAGGAAGAAAAAUAGUUUUUAGCAUAAAUGAAUUAAGUGAGUGUUCAAAAUAUAUAAAAUAUUUCAGAUUAAAUUUAAUAAGAAAUUAUUAUACAAGAAGCUUAUUAAAUAGUACCAUAAUCUGUUGAUGAACUAGAUAUGGAUGCUUUAUAUAAAGAAUUUACAUUAGGCUAAGAACUUAAUGAUGAUCUAAUUGAUUAUAAUAAGAAUUUAAUAAAUGAAUAAUAAUAAUAAUAAUAAUAAUAAUAAUAAUAAUAAUAAUAAUAAUAAUAAUAAUAAUAAUAAUAAUAAUAAUAAUAAUAAUAAUAAUAAUAAUAAUAAUAAGAUAAUUUUGAAGAGAUUGAAUCUGUUGAUAUUGUUUAAGAUUAAUUAGUAAAUGAAAUAUAAUCUGAGGUAAUUAUUGAUUCAAACUAAGAGGAGCCUUAAAAAUGGAUGAGCGAAUAAAAAUUAUCAUAAAUAGAUGUACCAUUAUUUGAUGAAGAUUUAGAAUUUGAUAUUGAAUUAGAUGAUAAAUAAGAAGAAAAAGAGUAAUAAGCAUCUCCUGCUUAAUAUAUAAUUGAUGUCUAUAAUGCAUUUGCAAAUGAAGAGGCAGAAAAAUUAAAUUAAAAGGAGAAUGAAGAACAUCCAUUUAUAGAAGUAUAACCAUAAGUAGAAGUACAAUCAUAAGUAGAAACAGAAGAACAAUAAGAUUUGUAACCAGAAGAAAUUUCGACUGAAAUGGAAGAUGAAUUAGUUGGACUUAGAGAUGGUUUAGAAGGAGUUGAUUUCUCUUUGUUUUUCGAUGAAUUUUCAAAUCCAAAUUAAGAAGUAGAAAAAGAAGAAUCAGAAAUUAAAUAUGAAGAAUAAUAAAAUAAAAAAGUUUAAUAGAAAUUUGAAGAGCCUAAAUAAUUUAAAUAGCCUAAAGAAAAAAUAGAAAAUGUUAUGAAAGAUCUUUAAAUAACAAAUGAAAUAAAUACAACAGAGGAUGAAAAAAUAUUAAUAACUUAGCUAAAAUAAAAAUCAGCAGAAUUGAAAAAGAAAUUAUAAGAAUAAUAUGAUGCAGUUCCUAAAUUAGAAUAAGCGAAGAAAUACACAGAAAUAUCAAUUCAUCCAAUAGAUGAAUAAUGUAUAUAACAAUAAAUAAUAUAGAUCCAAAAAUAUAAUCUGAUUCUAAGACAAAUUAUGAAGUAGAAAGUAAAUAUAUGGAAUGGUCAAUGAGUUAAGAUUAAAAAAUAAAGAAUAUAGGUUUAGAUUUGACUGAAGAUGAUUUGAAGAAUCCAAGAUUCUCUUUGUUAUAAAUGGAUCAAAAGUCAGAACUAGAUAUUUAGAAAUAGAUAAAUGAGUUUUUAGGACUUGAUGAUUUAUCAUUUGUAAUGAUUAAGUAAAAUUUGAGAGGAAGAUGA